AUGAAGGUCAUCAUCAAGGAGUGGAAUGCUAUUGCCACCUGGCACUGGGACAUGCCCGAGGAUGAUGUCUGUGGCAUCUGUCGCGUCCAGUUCGAUAGCACCUGUCCCACCUGCAAAUUCCCCGGCGAUGACUGCUCCCUGUUGCUAGGGAAAUGUGGCCACUCGUUUCAUAUGGUGAGUCUUCUGUCUAGGGAUCUUAUGGGUUUGGUGCUCACGGAUGUCCAGCACUGCCUGUUGACCUGGAUCGACCAAGAGACCUCUAAGGGGCUGUGUCCCAUGUGUCGACAGAAAUUUGAGUGGAAGCAAAGUGACGAGUGA